AUGGCGGAAUCAGAAUUACCGAGGCUUCGCCUUCGACCGGCUAGACGAUCAAUCUUUCAAGAAGCAGAUGUCGACACCAUUAUUCCUAGAAGCGAGCUUGAGGCACGCACCUCCUUUUCCAGCCUCUCUAGUGUCGACAGUGAGAGACCAACACUGUCGCGCACAUCCUCUGAAUACUCGCAAUGCGACCUAUCGAUUUCCACUGACCGCUCCCGGUCAACCAUGUUUUAUCUACCUUCACGACUGAUGAUGCUAGCAUGUGCGCUCCUUGUCACACUCUCCCUUACUUUCGAAACACCUUUCCUAGCAAAAGCAGGACCUAGUGUCAUUGGCGCAAGAGCUGGAGUACUCCGAACGUCUAAUCUCCAACGGAAGAGCUGGGAGGAUGGACAGCUUGUCGCUCGGGCAGACACCGACACCGACAUUUGUAGCCGCUGGAGCCAGCAAAGUGCUAUUAUCAACGGAACCAUAUAUAUCUACGGUGGUCGCGCGACGACACAGCAAGGGCAGACUGACAACACAUGGGUCAAUGACUUCUUUACGAUUGACGUGACCAAGCCUUGGGACAUCUCUUCGCCUGCUGUAAAGGGGCUUCCUCAACCAUCAGGACCGCCAGCCGUCUCAAAUGGCUACCUUUGGAGCUCAUAUGACCAGCUACACUUGUACGGCGGCGAAUAUUCCGAUACCCCCACCAAAACGCCUGAUGACUUCUCGCUCUGGACCUAUGAUAUCAAGAGCGCUUCGUGGACCGAGCAGCAGAAUCCCCAAACAUCGAAAGGUAACAACAGUGCCUCUGAGAACCAGCCCGUACAGAGAUCUGCCGAAGGCGCCGGCAUAAGCGUUGCAGAGCUGGGUAGAGGGUGGUACUUUGCUGGACACGUGGAUUCUUAUACAACACCAGGGUGGUCCAAUCAAGUAGAGCGGGUAUACCUUAAAUCUUUAAUCGAGUAUACCUUCCCAGGUCAUACCAAUGACGGUCUCCAAAGCUUGGGUGGUGGAAAAACCGCUGGACCAAACGGCAUAUGGCGAAACAUUACCGAGGGCGGCAUUCAGGAUACCGCACAGUUCCCAAUUAGGGCAGACAGUGCGAUUGUCUAUGUCCCAGGUUACGGAGCUCAAGGCAUUCUCGUGAAUAUGGGAGGAGGGACAAACGUAUCCUUUAGCCAAAUGAAUGUUAUUGACGUCUUUGAUAUUGCAACGUCGACUUGGUACAAGCAGUCUACCGCCGGUCAAUACCCUACUCUUCGCGUCAAUCCAUGUGCUGUGGCCGCUUCGGCACCAGACGGUACUAGCACCAACAUUUACAUGUACGGUGGGCAAAACCUUGUGCCCUACAAGAAUCAAACGCAAUUCGGCGACAUAUGGAUCCUUACAAUACCAGGAUUUACUUGGAUAGAAGUGGAUACUACAGGCCAAUCCGUUCCUCCAGCUCGCGUUGGUCAUACAUGCAAUAUGUGGGAUGGUCAAAUGAUUGUCGUAGGAGGUUACAAUACGGACCUUGCUGGGGGUUGUGACAGCGGUUUCUACGUCUUUUCCGCGACCAAUUUGACCUGGCAAAACAACUUUAAUUCGCUUGGUGGCGGUAACACUGGCAACAACACUCAAAAUAAGCAAUCAGUGCAAGCAAGUGAUCCUGCUGCAUUGACUGGCAGCUACGGCUACCAGGUGCCCGAUGCUGUACAAAAGGUAAUCGGUGGCAAAGGCUACGGUGGAGCGACGAUCACAGCUCCCGCUCAAUUGGCAACCGCAGGUCCAAUAGCGACUGGCAAGCCAAUCACCUACACAGUCACUGGUGCCAACGGAGCAGUGAUCACGGCCACGGGCACCGCAGAGGCAGGCGCUCAAAAUAGUCAUUCCGGCCCAAAUGUUGGCGCAAUCGUUGCUGGAGUGGUGGCCGGAUGUUUCGCUGUCCUUGCCGCAUAUCUCGGAUUUUGCGCCUGGCUUUACCGUCGUCAACUCACCCUUUACAAAAACCAUGUUGCCAUGACGCAACGCGCUGCUGCUGCUGGCGGACCAGGCGAGAAGUCUGCCUUCCUCGGUAGCUCUACAGAAAACUCGAGCCUAGGUAAGCCUGUCGGUACUUCUGAGUAUAGCAGCGGUGCCGCUGCUACUGCCGGUAGUGGAAGUGGCUACGAAUCCUCAGUGCCUCAAACCCCGGGAGUGCCUCUUGGUCGGGAUAGCACAGCUAACAGCAGUACGGAGAAUCUUGUUGGCGAGCCUACAUUUUUUGGGGUGCUACUGAAUCCUAGGCGAAGCUUGAGAGUUGUGAAUAGGGACUAA